AUGCUCUUCCAUCUCUCCGCCAUCUCCAUCGUGGCGGUCAUCGCCUUCCUCAUCUUCUACUUCCGCCAGCGCAUCUUCGCCACCCUCGAGCCGUACCUGCCCACCUCCAUCGUGGCCCGCUUGUCAAACUACACCCCGCUCACGACAUACACGUUCGCCGACCAGGCCGCGGCCGGUAUGAGCAGCUCCAACUUUGACCUCGAGGCCAACCUGGGAGAAGGGUCCAGCGAGAACAGGAUGGGCCUCGACGACGCCGGCGUCGAGGAGGUCCGCCGUAUCAUGGCCGUCGAGCGGUGUACCUUUGACCAGGCGCGUCUCAUCCGCCAUAACCGUAUCCUCGCCAAGAAUGGUAUCGCCCCAGACGGCACCCCUCUGGACCGCAAGGCCAUUACGCGUCUGUAA